UUACAGAGGAAUUGGGGAAAAAGGAAAAGAAACAAUGUUGGCCUACCGUGAAAAAGAAUUUACCGAAAUCCAUCAAAAUCCAUAACUUGCAGAAAAUCAAGAGUUUUUUCUGCUGAAGUGAUGGCAGUUUUCACCAAUUCAAUAUACUUUUCCUCAUUCUCCUGCCUUUUGAUCUUGUUCUCUUCUCUAACCCUAACCCUAAUCGCCAAACCCAUUUUCACUUUCGCACUCCAAUCGCCGACAAAAUCGCUCAAUUUUGACUACGAGAUCGCCCUCUACGGCGACGCCAAGCUCGAAGGCGGCGACGGCGGCGCGAGCGUGAGGCUCACACGCCUGUCAGUUCCGAGCUCGGGGCUUCUUCUGCGCCGGAAGCCGUUCAGGCUUCUUGACCCGAACCGACUCGGCAAUCCGACGUCGUUUUCGACUGAUUUCGCCUUCUCGAUCUCGCCCGGCGAUGGCGGUGGUGUCGCGCUCGUCUUGGUUCCCGCCGAUUUUGGGUCGAAGCUCUCGAAUCAAGGCUCGCCUAGUGUUUCCGGAGAGAAAAGAUUCGCCGUCGCCGUCAUUAACGUUUCAUCGACGGAUUUAGGGCGCAGAAAUGGAGAAAAGUUGAAGUCUUGGAUUGAUUACGACGCGAGCUCGGAGAGAUUGGAAGUGAGGUUGGCUAAAUUCGGAGCAUCGAGGCCGUACGAUCCGACGAUCGCUUACGCCAGAGAUUUAUCGUCGAUGUGGGGAGACGAAGAGGUGCUGGUCGGUAUAAGCUCACCGUCUUCGACGGAGAAUUCGUCUCGGAUCAUCACCGUUUAUUCUUGGAAUUUCAGGUUCAGAAAUUUCCCCAAUUCGAUGCAUUCUCUCCCGGCUGAUCCGAGAGUCUCUAGGCAACAUCCGACUGAUCAUCAGAAACGGCGUGUUUGCCCAUUGGCGGUGCUCGGAGGGCUGAUCUUCGCGACGGUAUGCGGGGCUUUAAUGGCGUUCGCAGUUCUAUUCUUGUGGGCUGUUGUUGCUGCCAACAAACACACGGUUUUUCCUGUUGAUCUUUCCCAUGUGAAAUCUAUGGGUUUCAGGUAUGAGAAGUUCGGUGUAGUUGUAGAGAAAGAUAAUGGUGAUCGUGUUAAGAAUUAGAAGCUGGAUUUUGCUAUGUUGUUUGUUUUUUGUGUUAUCUGUUUUGUGGAUAUAGUGCUCAAGUAUGAAAACUAUGGUAUUUUCACACUAUUAGUACGAAAUAUGAAUACUUCUGUUGUUUAUGUACUAAGUUUUAUUCCAUUACUUCUUAACAUGUAAGCUAUAUAGCUCAGUUGAAGAAAGAAUGGAAAAUCAAGAUGACGUGCCUAGAUACUUUAUAGUUAAUGCCUAGUUGUUACUUACAUCUGAAAGCCUGCAAUGAUUGUUCAUCGAAAUUGUCCACAGAUCUAGUAUACAGGCAGAGUUCUAAGUAGCCUUCGGCACGUAGAAAUCCUUGUCAUAGUCGUUCAAAUACUCGAUCCUUGUACUUAGGAUAAUGUGGCUUAAACGCGGCUUACGGUCGUAAUGAUAUAGAUUUUUAUUUUUAUUAUCAUUGCAAUUUCUAAAUGAAUGGAACUCGUUGUUCUUUUCGCCAUCA